AUGGAGCAGAGAAAAACCAAGCAUCCAUUCCUGCUGCUCCUCCUCUACUCACUACUCUAUUCUUUUCCCUCACUUUCUGCACCAAACCAUCCUAUUUUUCCUAUCAGCAGCAGCAGCAGCAGCAGAAGUGACCAAAUCCAAACAUUCAUAGUCCAUGUCCAGCGGCUGAAAGGCGUCGCAUUCGCGAAAGUCGACGACCGCGAAAGCUGGCACAGAUCCUUCCUCCCCAACACCACUUUAAGCUCUGGCGAGCCGCGGCUGAUCCACUCCUACCGCGAAGUCAUCAGCGGCUUCGCCGCGAGGCUGUCCGCCGACGAAGUGCAGGCCAUGCAGUCCCUCGACGGCUUCCUGCACGCGCACCCCAGCAGGCGGCUCGCGCCCCUCACGACCUACACCCCGGACUACUUGGGCUUGAGCGGCCGGAACGGCGCGUGGUACGACGACCGCCUCGGGAAAGGCGUCGUCGUCGGAGUCGUCGACACCGGCGUUUCCGUCGAGCACCUCUCCUUCGCAGACGACGGCGGCAUGCCGCCGCCCCCGCAGGACUGGCGAGGGAGCUGCGAGCUCAGCGGCGGGAGGAGCUGCAGCAACAAGCUCAUUGGCGCGGCAGCUUUCAAAGGCCACCAACCAGUGCCCGUCGACGGCGACAAGAACGGCCACGGCACGCACGUGGCGAGCGUCGCGGCCGGAAGCUUCGUCGACGGAGCCACGGUUCUCGGCAAUGCCAACGGCACGGCGGCCGGGAUGGCUCCGAAAGCUCACGUGGCGGUGUACCAAGUAUGUUUCGACGGCGGCUGCGACGAGAGCGACGUGCUCGCCGGAAUAGACAAAGCCAUUCAUGACGGAGUCGACGUGCUCGUGGUCGCGAUCGGUCCCCGCCAGCUGGGGCUAUCCGAGUCACGGCCUCGGCCGCUGUACGAGGACAGCGUAGCCAUCGGAUCGUUGGAUAACGGCGACGGUGAGGCUCGGCGACGGAACGGAGUUGGACGGCGAAUCGGCGUACCAACCGAGCAGCUUCAAUGCUACCAUGCUGCAGCUGGUUUCAAUGUAUCAAAUGUUCAGAAGGGUCAGAAUGCGAAAAAUGCAGGAGCAGCAGCUAUGAUACUGCUGAACCACCAGAAAGAAGGGUUUACGACAUUCGCCGAAGCUCACGACCUCCCGGCGGCGCACCUUAGCUACGCCGACGCGCUCACGAUCCUGUCGUAUCUCAAUUCGUCGACGAAUUCAACGCCCACCGCGACCGUUAUAUUCAAAGGAACGAAGUUCGGAGCCCGACCGUCCCCCGCGGUGGCCUCCUUUUCCUCGAGAGGGCCGAGCAGAUUCAACGGUGGCAUCAUAAAGCCGGACGUCAUCGCUCCGGGCGUAAACAUUUUAGCUGCGUGGCCCGACGGAAUCGAGACCGACCGGUUCGGAUCGCCGGCUCCGACUUUUCACUUCCUCAGUGGGACCUCGACGGCCGCAGCUCAUGUCGCGGGGAUCGUAGCGCUUCUCAGGAACAGCCAUCCGCAGUGGUCGCCCGACAUGCUUAAGUCGGCUGUCAUGACGUCGGCAGACGGUCUAAACCGCGACGGCAGUCCGAUCACCGACGAGUCCGACGGCGCGGCAGCGAGCGUCUUCGCUGUCGGAGCAGGACAUGUGAAUGCAUCACUGGCUAACAAUCCUGGACUUGUGUACGAACUGCAUUCGCAUCGUUACGUUCGGUAUCUUUGCGGCUUAGGCUACACAGAUCAACAAGUGCAGGUGAUCACUCAGCAUCAGGUCAAGUGCUCGAAAACCCACGAGACCGAGCCCGAGGAUUUGAACUACCCAUCGAUCUCAGUCACCUUGCGGAGUCCGUCAAGAAAGACCAUCAAAAGAAGGGUGAAGCACGUCGGAGACCCGAACACGGUUUAUUUCGCACAAAUCGAACAACCGAAGGGGGCGAACAUUGAACUUUCGCAAGACAAACUCGAAUUCAAGAGAACGGACGAGCGAAGACAUUUCCACAUUAUACUUACAACAAACGCAACAAUGCGGACCGGAGGUCGAACAUCGGUGGGCCAGUUAACAUGGGUUUCGAAAAGGCACGUCGUGAGGAGCCCUAUCUUCGUGACGUUCUUCUAG